CCUCUCCCAAGAUGGCUGCGUCCAUUGCGCGGCGCUUAUGGCCUUGGCUGGCUGGUCGGGGACUCUGGUCCAGAACAGGCUGCGCCUGCUCCGAGAACCAAAAAAGAAAUUUCGCGACGGAGAAGCAGGACCGGAACCUCCUGUAUGAGCACGCGCGCGAGGGCUACAGCGCGCUCCCUCAACUGGACAUGGAGCGGCUCUGCGCAUGCCCGGAGGCGGCCGCGCGCGCGCUGGAGUUCCGCAAGGGGGAGCUGCGACCCGACGACCUGCCCGCCAUCAUUUCAGCGUGGCAGGAGCUGAGGAAGCUGCAGGAGCAGAUCCGGAGCCUGGAGGAGGAGAAGGGGGCCGUGGCCGAAGCUGUGCGUGGCCUGCUGGAAAACCAAGACAAGGGGCAGGUGCAGCAGGACCCCCAGUAUCAGGCUCUGCGGGGCCGGGGCCGGGAGAUCCGGAAGCAGCUGACCCCCUUGUAUCCCAAGGAGGCCCAGCUCAAGGAGCAGUUCUACCUGCGGGCGCUCAGGCUGCCUAACCAGACCCACCCCGACGUGCCAGUUGGGGAUGAAAGCCAGGCCCGAGUGCUCCACGUCGUUGGAGACAAACCAGCUUUCUCCUUCCACCCGCGAGGUCACCUGGAAAUCGGCGAGAAACUGGGCGUCAUCCGGCAGAAGCGCCUGUCCCACGUAUCAGGCCACCGCUCCUAUUACCUGUGCGGGGCUGGGGCGCUCCUGCAGCACGGCCUGGUUAACUUCACACUCAGCAAACUCGUGGGCCAGGGCUUCACCCCCAUGACGGUGCCAGACCUCCUGCGAGGAGCCGUGUUUGAAGGUUGUGGGAUGACCCCGAAUGCUAGCCCUUCUCAGAUUUAUAACAUCGACCCCUCCCGAUUCGAGGACCUCCACCUGGCCGGGACAGCAGAGGUGGGGCUUGCAGGCUACUUCAUGGACCACACUGUGGCCUCCAGGGACCUGCCAGUCAGGAUGGUAUGUUCCAGCACCUGCUACCGUGCAGAGACAGACACGGCAAAGGACCCCCGGGGGCUGUACCGCGUGCACCACUUCACCAAGGUGGAGAUGUUUGGGGUGACCGGCCCGGGGCUGGAGCAGAGCACGCAGCUGCUGGAGGACUUCCUGUCGCUUCAGAUGGAGAUCCUGACGGAGCUGGGCUUGCACUUCCGGGUCCUGGACAUGCCCACCCAGGAGCUGGGCCUGCCUGCCUACCGCAAGUUUGACGUCGAAGCCUGGAUGCCGGGCCGUGGGUGCUACGGAGAGGUCACUAGUGCAUCCAAUUGCACGGACUUCCAGAGCCGCCGGCUGCACAUCAUGUUCCAGGAGGAGGAGGCCGGGGAGCUGUGCUUUGCCCACACGGUGAACGCCACGGCCUGCGCUGUGCCCCGCGUCCUCAUUGCCAUCCUGGAGAACUAUCAGCAGAGGGACGGCUCAGUCCUUGUGCCCCCGGCCCUGCAGCCCUACCUGGGUAUCGAUCGGAUCACGGCUCCCACCCACCCGCUGCUCCAGUACAUCGGCCCCAACCAGCCCCGGAAGACCACGAGCCGGGCAGCCGGCCCUGAGCUGGGGAACCACCCAUGUGGUUAUCAGAGGGACUGAGCUGCCUCCCGGAUCCAGUGCACCCCGGAUGCCUGGGACCUGCCUGGACUCCAGGGUCCACCUCUCGACUCCCUGCCCGACCCCAGAGCCAGUCAGUGAGCCCGCAGUGGGUACCUGGGGAUGGGAGAGGGGAGCAGCCUCCCUCUGUCCCUGUUCCCCCUUUCCUGCCGCUGGCCCCAGAUGCAAAGCAGAAACCCCCCAAUAAAUGGUCAGGACAAAG